AUGUCGGCUUCUGCAUGUGUCGAAGAGAGACCGGAGGAAGCUGAGGCUGUUCGAGAAGAAGCGGAAGCUGUUCUAGAAGCUGCUAGCGCUGCCCAGGAAGCGGUCCAGGAACCUCGAGAAACUCAAGAAGCUCAAGAAUCCCAAGAAGAAAAUGUUAUAGAAGUUGACAGGAAUGCUUUGAGCUUGGAUCUAACCCGUACCCGUUUGAAAAAGAUCGAAGGAUUUGAAUUUCUCACACAGAUUAGAACGCUCUGUCUCAGAUGGAACUUGCUAAAGACCAUUGAGGGAUUGCAUACUCUCACAACAUUGACUGAACUAGACCUGUAUGAUAACCAGAUAGAGAAGAUAGAAAAUCUUUCUACGCUGGUGAACCUCGAAACACUCGAUCUAUCAUUCAAUCGCCUUAGCAAAAUCGAAAACUUGGAAAAGCUCGUGAAUCUGAAAACUCUUUACCUGGUCCACAACAAAAUUACCAAGAUUGAAGGCCUCGACACGCUGGUCAACUUGGAAUAUCUGGAGUUGGGUGACAAUCGGAUCAAGAAAAUUGAGAACCUCGACUCGAAUGUGAAUAUCGUCCGCCUGUUCCUUGGAGCCAAUCAGAUUCGUAGGAUAGAGAAUCUCGAGCACUUGAAGAAAAUCGAGGUGUUGAGCUUGCCCGCCAAUGCGAUUACAGUAAUCGAGGGUGUUUCAACGUUGUCUACUCUCCGUGAGAUCUACCUGGCUCAAAACGGGAUUCAGUCGACUUCUGGACUAGAAAAUCUGCAGAAUUUGGAGAUUCUCGACUUCAACUAUAACCGCUUGAAUAAAGUUCAAGGCAUUCGUCAUUUCAAGAAACUCACCGACUUUUGGGCCAAACAUAAUAAGGCAAGUGCAGGUCCCUUGUUGCUUUGCAGAGCAGCACGAAAUUCGUUGCAAAACAAAUAG